AUGGCCAGUCCUCCCGUACUUGCUUUCGAUGCUGAGGGCCGCCCAGUGAAAUUUGACACCUGGCUAGAUGACCUGCACCUCUUCCUACAGCUCACUGCCAAGGAGGAUAUUUCGCUGUACGAUCAUGCCCUCGGUCACGCUACUGCCCCUCCUACCACUGCAGACAGCACUCAGCGCUCACAGUGGCAGACUCGUGACGCCCACGCUCGCUUCGCUAUUCGCAACUCCCUGCCACUAGAUGAGCGCGAGCACUUUGGCCAGCACAAGACUGCUAAGGACCUGUACACUGCUGUAGUUGCUCGUUACUCCUCACCUGCCUCUGCCGCACUAGGCCGCCUCACCCUCCCCUACCUGUUCCCCGACCUGGCCUCCUUCAGCACAGUCGCUGACCUCAUCACCCACCUCAGGACCAGUGAGGCCCGCUUUCGCGCUGCUAUGCCUGACGAGUUCCUUGCCAGCAACCCCCCCCCGCUCUGGAUCACGCUCUACCACAUCGUCACCCGCCUCCCUGACUCUCUGCGCGCAGUCAGGGAUCACUUCCUCGCUCGCUCUCCCACUGAGCUCACCAUUGCCCUCCUCGAGAAGGAAUUGCUUGCAGCUGAGGCGAGCAUCGUCGCUGUAGGCACCUCUCGUGGCGACCCCCGCACCCCGUUCUUUGAGGGGUGUUCCCCUUCCCCUCUCCUCCCCUCUGUCGCCUCUGCUGCUGCUGUCGACCUCCUUGGUGCUGAGAAGGUCGGGGCUGCGUCUGCUCCGAGCGGGCGCCGCAGGGGCAAAGGGGGCAAGGGUGGAGGUGGCGGCGGGGGAGGCGGGAGUGGUGGCGGUGGGGGUGGCGGUGGGACUGGAGAGGCUAGUGGCGGCAGUGGGGGUGGUGACAGCAGCGGCGGGAGCGGUGGCAGGGGCGGAGGCGGCAGCGGAGGCGGAGGUGGUCGUGGCGGCGGCAGGGGUGGAGGUGGCCGGGGCGGUGGCGGCGGCGGUGGUGGUCGUGGAGGCGCUGGCGGUGGACAGAGUCAGCAGCCCGCCCCGUCGCUUCAGGCCGCCCGUGAGUGGUAUGCGCAGCGUGGCUUUACCUGCACGUACGUCAUUCGCACUGGUGACCGCACUGGCCAGCAGUGUGGGAGGCCGCAUCCCACACAGCGCUGUUUCGCGCGCCUUACUGACGCGUGGCGUGCCCAGUUUCCUGAUGCCACUGACCUGCCCCACUGGGCUGAUCUGGAGAAGAAGGGAGUUGAUAUCUGGGCUUUAGACUUUGAUGCUAUUCUCACUGCCAUGUAUGCGAUGUUUACUAGUGGAGAGGGUGCUCAGUACUUGCGUGUUCCGCCCGACCCGGGCAUUCUGACCAGUCCGGCUGCCGCUCUAGGUGCUAGUGAGUCUGCUGCCCCAGGUCCUGGUGAGGCUGCUGCUCUAGGUGCUAGUGAGUCCGUGCCCUCUGGUACUGAGUCGACUGCAGCACUGCACACCUUCACACUGGACUCAGGUGCUUCUCGCUGUUUCUUUUGUGACCGCACUGUCCUUGAGCCGCUUGCUCGGCCAGUUGCUGUCUCCCUCGCUGACCCCUCUGGGGGUCCGGUCGUUGCAACCUCCUCCACUGUCCUUCCUUGUCCUGCGGUCCCGUCAGGCACACUGUCAGGCCUCUACCUCCCCUCGUUCUCUACGAACUUGGUGGCAGGUAGUGCGCUCCAGGACGGGGGUGUUCACCAGUUCACCCCUGCUUACGAGCGCGUGACCCACUGCACGUGUGCUCGGACGGGCCGUCACCUGGCUACCUUCACUCGGCAGCCGGGGUCGGACCUGUACACACUGACCACUGAGUCCCCUCAGGUAGCUGCGUCCGCGUCUGCGUCUGCGUCAGGUCAGCUGUCCGCCCCCUGCUCGUGUCGCUCUCUGGCGCAUGAGACUGUCCUCUGGCACCACCGCCUUGGUCACCCGUCUGUGCAGCGCCUUCGGGCCAUGCACAAACGGGACCUUGUUGCUGGUCUUCCCAGGGUUCUCCCUCCCCUCCCACCCUCGCCUGCUCCUCCCUGUCUUCCCUGUGUCGAGGGGCGGCAGCGAGCCGCUCCUCACUCCUCCUCCUUCCCCCCGACGACUGCUCCUUUGCAGACGCUCCACAUGGACGUGUGGGGCCCAGCCCGCGUCCGUGGUCAGGGUCAGGAGAGGUACUUCCUGAUUGUUGUUGACGACUUCUCGCGCUACACCACGGUCUUCCCCUUGCGCACCAAGGGUGACGUCCCUGAUGUCUUGAUCCCUUGGAUCCGCAGAUCUCGUCUCCAGCUUAGUGAGCGUUUCCGCUCCGACUUCCCUGUCCUGCGUCUGCACUCUGACAGAGGUGGGGAGUUUUCCUCUGGCCUCUUGGAGGCCUUCUGUCAGCAGGAGGGCAUUGAGCAGUCGUUCACGCUUCCGGCCUCUCCACAGCAGAAUGGGGUUGCUGAGCGCCGCAUUGGCUUGGUCAUGGAGGUCGCUCGUACCUCCUUAGUUCAUGCGGCUGCCCCCCACUUUCUGUGGCCGUUUGCAGUCCGAUACGCUGCGCAUCAGCUCAACCUCUGGCCCCGUGUCUCCUUACCGGAGACCUCUCCGACACUGCGUUGGACGGGAGAGGCUGGCGAUGCGUCGCGUUUUCGGGUCUGGGGAUCUCGAGCUUUUGUUCGCGAUACGUCCGCGGACAAGCUCUCCCGUCGAGCUGUCCCCUGUGUCUUCCUUGGCUUCGUCCCGGACGCGCCUGGUUGGCAGUUCUACCACGCCACCUCGCGUCGUGUCCUGGCCUCUCAGGACGUCACUUUUGACGAGUCCGUCCCCUACUACCGCCUCUUCCCCUACCGCACUGCCCCGCUCCCCCCCCCGCCUCUCUUCCUCGCUCCAGGUGCUGAGGUACCAGACCCCCUCCCCCCUCAGGGUGCCGCUCCCUCAGGUGUGUCCCAGGUAGACCCGGUUGAGCCUGUCGAGGUAGCUGUUGACUCUAGUCCUGCUGGGGGUGCUGAGCCUGACCGUGAGGAGUCUGAGGGUACUGAGCCUGGGGGUGCGGAGCCUGGGGGUGCGGAGCCUGGGGGUGCGGAGCCUGGAGGUGCGGAGCCUGGGGGUGCUGAGCCUGGGGGUGCUGAGUCUGGGGGUGCUGAGCCUGGAGGUACUGAGCCUGGGGGUGCUGAGCCUGGGGGUGCUGAGUCUGGGGGUGCUGAGCCUGAGCGUGCUACACCUGGAGGAGCCCUCUCCUCCCGGCAGCUGCAGGAGAGUCUUCGGAGUGGUGCUCCUGGUGCUGCGGACCCUGGGGGUGGCGCUGCUGCUGGUGCUGAGGACCCGGGCGUUGGAGCUGCUGCUGGUGCUGCGGACCCGAGCGGUGGCGCGGCUGCUGGUGCUGAGGAACCGGGCGUUGGAGCUGCUGCUGGUGCUGAGGACCCUGUCGCUGGUGUCCCUGCUGGUUCUGGAGACGCUACGCGACCGCGACCGUACUUCGUACCACUUCUUCAGCAGGUUCUUGGUCAGGCUCCUCCUCCUUGUCCUCCUUCCUCAGUAGAGUGUCCUCCGCCUGUCCAGUCACAGUCACAGUUCCCGCCUGCCUCGCCUCUCCCUGCUCCCUCUCCUUACACUGGUCCCACGGGAGGUCUUACAGAGCGUCGUGAGCCUGAGUCUCGUCCUGCGUCGCCUGUUCGUACUGCUCGCACUGGUCGUCGUGUCCCACGUGAGCGUCCUCCUCCUGUCCCUGGCACUCACUACAUGACUCUGCGUCCCUCCACUGCUCCUCAGCGUGUUCCGCUGCCGUCUCCUCCUGCGUCCUCUCUGCCUACUCUUCCUGAUCCGGAGUCUGACUCCCGUCGUGCUGCCAGUCCCACUGUCACCCGUCUCCUCGCUACUGUUGUCACUGACCCUACCUUUGAGUCCUCUGCUGCGUCUGCUCUGGUCGCUGAGUUGAUAGACUUUGCUGCCCGGUGUCGUCUAGACUACGCCACUAGCCUUGUUGCUGAGUCUGAGUCUGAGUCUGUCUGUCCUCCGUCCGUCGGGGACAUCCCGACCCCGCGCACUUACGCUGAGGCGAUGGCGGGUCCCUACUCCUCUCAGUGGCAGACAACCAUGGACGCAGAGAUGGCUUCUUGGAAGUCCACACGCACCUACGUCGACGAGGUUCCCCCACCUGGGGCGAACAUCGUCAGUGGCAUGUGGAUUUUCAGGGUGAAGCGGCCACCGGGUUCUCCUCCGGUCUUCAAGGCGCGCUACGUGGCUCGAGGCUUCAGUCAGCGAGAGGGAGUUGACUUCUUCCAGACCUUCUCCCCCACCCCGAAGAUGACCACUCUUCGGGUGCUGCUGCACAUAGCCGCUCAGCGUGACUACGAGCUUCACUCGCUUGACUUCAGCACUGCUUUCUUGCAGGGCAGCCUGCACGAGGAGAUCUGGCUGCGCCGCCCUCCUGGCUUCACUGGGUCGGUUCCUCCUGGUACCCAGUGGAGGCUUCAGCGGCCGGUCUACGGUCUCCGCCAGGCACCACGUGAGUGGCACGACACACUGAGGACGACACUUGCGGCUCUUGGGUUCGCUCCCUCUACUGCUGACCCGUCACUGUUUCUACGCACAGACACCUCACUGCCGCCGUUCUACAUCCUCGUGUACGUCGACGACUUGGUCUUUGCCACUGCUGACACUGCGGCACUCGCCCACGUGAAGUCGGAGCUGCAGAGGAGACACACGUGCACAGACCUGGGUGAACUGACAAGCUAUCUUGGCUUGCGGAUCACCCGGGACAGAGCACGGCGCACCAUCACCUUGACUCAGUCACACAUGGUGCAGCAGAUCCUUCAGCGCUUCCGCUUCACGUACUCCUCGCCUCAGUCCACUCCUCUGCCUACCGGUCACUCGCUCUCAGCUCUGCCUUCGGAUGAGUCCGUAGAGCCAAGUGGCCCGUAUCCAGAGCUUGUGGGCUGCCUCAUGUACCUGAUGACCUGCACUCGACCUGACCUUGCAUACCCUCUUGUUGGUGUAAGGGCCUAA